AAUGGAAAAAAAAAAUUCUAAAGAUUGUGCUUCCUUCCAGUCCAUAAUCAGGUCUUCUCAGUGGCUUUGCUGCUUCUGAUGGUAUCAUGGUAACAGCUCAAAACGCUGUCAGAUCUGUCCUCCUGCUAGUUUGCUGUGCUGUCCUCUGCUCCUGUAUAGGGCCUCCUGUGCUGUCUUCCUAUACCAGGACAGAAGACAAGCUGUUUAAGCAUCUCUUCAGCAACUACCAGAAAUGGGUGAGACCAGUGGAGGAUCUAAACAGAACGGUGCAGGUGAAAUUUGGUCUGGCUAUCUCCCAGCUCGUGGAUGUGAAUGAGAAGAACCAGCUGAUGACAACCAAUGUUUGGAUGAAGCAGGAAUGGACAGACAUGAAGCUCCGAUGGAAUCCGGAUCAUUAUCUGGGCAUCACCUCCAUCAGAGUUCCCUCAGACUCCAUCUGGAUUCCUGACAUUGUUCUCUAUGACAAUGCAGAUGGUAAUUUCGAGGCCACAGUGACAAAAGCGGUGGUGAGAUAUGAUGGCACUAUCUCCUGGACCCCUCCUGCUAACUAUAAAUCUGCCUGCACCAUUGAUGUGACGUUCUUCCCCUUUGACCUUCAGAACUGCUCCAUGAAGUUUGGCUCCUGGACCUACGAUGGUUUCCAGGUGGACAUUCUCCUUGAGGAUGUACAUGUGGACAAACGUGACUAUUUUGACAACGGUGAAUGGGAGAUUGUGACAGCCACAGGUAGCCGAGGUUUGAGAAGUGAUGGAACCUUUUUCUAUCCAUCCAUCACUUACUCCUUUAUUAUCAGACGUCUUCCUCUUUUCUACACACUCUUCCUCAUCAUCCCCUGCAUUGGAUUGUCUUUCCUGACCGUGCUGGUGUUUUAUCUCCCAUCUAACGGAGGAGAGAAAAUCUCCCUCUGCACAUCUGUCCUCGUCUCUCUCACUGUCUUCCUUCUGGUGAUAGAAGAGAUCAUCCCUUCCUCCUCAAAGGUGGUACUCUUUUUAAGAAUUCAGAGCUAUAUUAAGUGA